GCCUGAAGGACCUCACGAAGAAGUAAACAAAAAAAAAAGAUGUCGCACUAAUUGAUAGAAAAGCUUCAAUUUGGCCCAAAUUUACCUUGUUUAACGGCUUCAUUAUUACGACGCGAUGGCAGAGGAUCACGAUCUGGAGAAGCGGGCUGUAGAGGAGCUCCUCAGGGAGACUGACAGGGCACGGGUGAGAGCUGAGACCAUGGGCCCUGCAGGAUGGCUGAAGUGUCCCCUGCGGAGCACCAACAAGCGCUUCCUCCUCAACACCCUCCGCUCCACCAGCUUGCAAAAGCGCACAAACAGCAAGCCCAGAGAUGGACAGUCCCCCACAAGAGGGCGCCUGAGGAGGAGUGACUCCCCAGACAGAAGUCGAGACCGCAGCAGAACACCUCCCAGGGAUCACAGGAGUACAGCAGGACUCACAGACCAUAAACACCAGCACAGAGACAGCUGCAAUAACAAAGAUAAGAGGCGGGAGAGAGACAAAGAGGGGCACAGAGACAACAGAGAACGGAGACAUGAGGGGACAGACGGCCAGAACAGAGACACAGGCACACUUCAUGACGGACGACUUCUGUGUGAGGAGAAACUCAGAUUUUAUAAAAGACUCUCCUGCUGUUGUAAGAACAAAAGUGAACACUUCUUUAACUGAUCUCUGAUCAGCUAACACACCUUACAGAGCAGUUCUGUACAGCAGCCAUGGAGGAAUAUGCACAGAAGAAGAGCUAACCUUUCACGUUUCUAUUCUAACUGAAGGAACAGAACAUAAAAUCUCUUUAUUUUUGAUUUUUUUAAAAAUAAUUUUGUAGAUAAUAAGAUCCAGUUGAUUCCUUUGAUUUUUACCACUGAAUCUGUUGUUAGAACUAUUAAAUUACAACUAUGACUCAGAAAUCAACAGCAAUUUCAGUGUUUCCUCAAGGUUUUGGGGCCAUUUUUUAACUUAAACAAAAGACAUCUUAAUUACAUUUAGGUUUUUUUCUUUAUUUACUUGUCAAAGUUGGAAACCUGAGCCAAACAAUAUAUAUUUUCAAUACUUGGAUGUUAGAUAUAUUGUUGGGGGUAAUAAAGAUAAAUAAAUGAAAAUCCUUUGGCCAUCCCUGCAUAUGUCUGGGCCCUGUGUGGGCACCCCCAGUAACUCCGCCCCUGCUGUUAAACUAACCCACUUGAAAGAACGUCCUGUGACUUCAUCCAUCAGCGGGACAGAAGACUAUGUGAGGGGAGCAACAAGAAGGAGGGUACUGAACUUUCAUUCAGAUAAAAGUCACGACUUCUCAAGGAUUUACAACCAUAUUGACAUCUUUGUGUCUGGCUUAGACCAGGAAGACAUAAGGUCCCCCUCAGUAGAAACACGGCAGCUGGUUGCAAAGGGGUUAAAACCUAAAGCCCCUUCCUGUCUCACAUGACCUCUAUAGUUUAAUACCAUUCAGUUUCACCUGCACAAGGAAAAACUUCUCAGUAUCAAUUAUAAUAUCAUUACCAUUAUGCUGUUAUUAUUCACUGGCCAUAGUGUUUACAUAGGCCAUGCUUCUGUCGCCACUGGGUAAGCACAUUUUAUCACCUAUCCAGCUUUUUGACAGGUAUACUCUGGCUAUCAGAGACCGUUUUGUUUGCUAAAGGAGAAAAAUCUUUUUCUGACUCUCCUAUGUAUGCAAGAGGUCAUGUUUGAUAAAACAUUUUAUCCCAUAGCUGCCAUGGGGGAAGAAGAGAGAGCACUGCCAGACAGUGUGCAGGGAUUUGCUUGCUAUUUUGUUCGUUUUUUGUAAAAAAAUUAGCCAAUAGUGUUAUUUGUGUUUCCUUGGUAUUGAUACCUGUUAUUAGCGGAGAUGCUGAGCAUCCAUACUAUUGA